AUGGAGGCGCCUGCCAUCACUCCCCUGCUGGAGGACGGCGACGCUGCCUUUGGCAAGGAUGCCCAGCAGUUCCUCACUGUGAUUGCCGACAUGCAGCGUGAGGCGGAGCAGCGGCGCCUUCUUCUUGACGAGCUGCGACAGAAGGAAGCGGCCGCCAAGGCGGAGCUGGAGAAGUGCCUCGCGGCGCGUGAGGCCUUGGUGGCCCGUAUGGCCCACACGAAGGCGGAGGGACUGGAGCUGCAGGUGGAGCACAAUGAACUUGGCUCUCGGCAGCGGGCGGCGGCGGCGGCGGCGUUGGAGCUGCGCCGCCAGAAGGCCCAAUGGGCGCAGCUGCAGCGGCUGCACCAGGCGCCGUCCGCGCCGCCGUCCUCCCCGAUUCGCGGGAGGAGCGACGACGGUGAUGAGGCGCAUGUGCCGGGCAUGCCACAACUUGCCCGUGCCCUUCAUGCGUGGAGCCAACUGUCACACGGCUCCCUCUUUCUUCAGGAAUUGAAGACCAUGCUGACAGAGUUUAUGACAGAGCUGCAGCUGAACACGGGGAGAACCUCCGACGAAGUUGCCCGCACGCUUCACAACGAGGCGUCCACGGAUCAUACGACAGCUGUUUUGGAUUUGGCCAUUAUUUUUCCCCAACUGCCAUCCUUGAGCCCUGUGGAAAAGGCAGUCCUUUCGCUGGUUCCCUUUUCCGACUGA